AUAACAAGUUUACUAAAAACAUUUUUUUCAAAAAAUGGGCGUUACUUUUUAUCCUAACUGUAAAUCUGCGUUAAAAAGUGGACCAGGAAGAUAAACACACGAACUUUCCGAAAAUAGCAUGCGUAGUAAUUUUUUACGUGUAUUGAUUACAAAUGACAUGUCACAAUAAACAGAUAAAAACUGAGUUACUAAUGGAGUUACGUAUAUGUUACAGACAGACCUGGCGAAGAAGAUAGAUUGACUCUUUACGACCACAGGUCGGUAGCAAGAUGGCGGGUUUUCAAAGAUUUCCAUACCCGGAUCUCAUGGGACAGCUGCGCAUGUUCAAAGAAUUCAAGGACAAAGCAAAGCAAGCACUUUUACGGAAUAGUCUGGCUGAGGCCCAUCAAUGGUACAAUGCUGCAUUAAGCUUCUUUGAACAGCCUUUUCUACCCCAGCCAAUUGUGAAUGAACAUCAUGUUAUUUUGUGUAACAGGUCACAAGUUUGUUAUAGACAAGGUCUAUAUAAACAAUCUGAGGAAGAUGCAGUUACAGCUAUAAAUAUUUGUCCAACAUAUGCGAAGGCAUAUUGGAGAGCAUCUCAGGCUGUGUUAGCUGGACCUGGAAAUAGACAAGAGCUAGCUGUGAAGUUCCUGGCUGAUGCACUUUUAUUGGGUCUUGAUGAACUAGAUCAAAGACAUUUUUUAACAGAAAUCUGCAAACUUGCAAUUAAUACUCAACUCACGGGUUUGAUGCUGUCGACCUUGUGCAGCCUUUAUCUACCAGACGCCCGGGACAAAAUUUGGUUGUCAGUUAUUAAGAAGCUUUGUGACCAGAAUGAAUGGGAUGGCAUGGCGAUGCUUUUGAUACAUUAUGAACCAAGGAGUGUUCAGCAUUCUUUGAAUACACUAGACGUUUCAGAAUGGAAGUGUGGUGACAUUAUUGUUGGUAAACUUCUGAAGACUUUGCCAGAUGACAAAAUGGCAAUAUUUGGGGAGAGAUUAGCAAUUUGUCUUCUUCAGAAAGGCGCUUCAAUUGAAACUAUUGAAGUGUAUACAAUGACGAAUUCCUUACACUUUCUCGUAGACUUGUCAUUGAGAAUUCGAUCAGUAACAUUGUUAAGAUUUGUCCUUGACAAUUACGAGUGUGUCCGAGUAAAGAUAAAUUACCAAGAUAACGAAGGGAACACAGCAUUUCAUUUGGUUGUUAAAGCAAGUGUAGACAACGUUGAUAUAUGUGAGAAUGUAGUCGUCUUAUUGUUGAAGAAUAAAUGUGAUAUGUCUUUGAGAGACUGUACAAAUAAAAUACCAGCCGACUAUGUGAACAAAGACAGCAAGUUAUUUCAGUUGCUUCAACAGGUUUCAAAUCCAGUUGAAGAGCUACGUAAAAAGUUGGAACAACUGAAGACUGAAGGAAACACGGCAUUUGUAAAUAAGGACUAUACAAGGGCUGUGCAUUUUUAUAAUGAAGCUCUCGUGGUCGCACAGCAGUCACCAGAUCUGUAUAAAGAAGCUGCAAUACUUUACAGCAACAAGUCAAAUGUUCGAUACCAAACGGGUGAUACAGAAAAUGCUCUGAUAAAUGCAAUUGCUGCAAUCAAUUCUGACCCCGAGUACUCUAAAGGGUACUUUCGGCAUAGCAAGGCCCUGUUUCGUUUAGGAUCUGCUAUUGAAGCAUUCAAAACUCUUGUUGAUGGUUACUCUAAAUCAAAACAAAUAAACAAUAAAGUUGAUCUUCUUACAGAGGCAGCAGUUAUUUUGAACAGUUUUGAAGGCGAGGAGCUCGUGCAAUGCUACCAAAUGUUGGACAACCAAAACCCUGACAUUUGGCAAAACGUCUUAACUCAACUUAGUAAAAAGUCAGAGUGGAAAUCUAUUGCAUAUUUAAUGCUUGGACCAAAUCUAGAAACGUGUACAUCAGACAGAUUGAAUUCGGGCGAGCACAUAGCUACUUUCUGUACUGGCGUUGCUGGAAAAUGUUCUACUGCUGAUAUGGAGACAAAAACUGUUUUGAAUUUCCUGAGAGGAUCAGACGAGAUCCCAUCUUGGUUGAACGUUGUAAUGUGUGUGGUGCAUGCACAUGGGGGUGAUCAAACAUUACGGGGUUUUGCUGUAGUUGAGAAUGACUGUCCGCUUCAUGCCGUAUUACGAUUUGUGAUGAAAACUGGUUCGACAUUACUUCUUGAAAAGUUUCCACAAAGUGGGUCAGGUUGGUGUGAUAAAAGUGGAGCAGAGGAAUCAGGAUUUCACAUUCUAGCUAAAAACAAACUUGCGGCCGAUUGCCUUUACAAAUUGGCGAGAACGCUCUUGAUGAAAGGAUACAAUGAUGUGUUACGGAAGGAUAAGAAGGGGAAGAUUCCAUACGAUUAUCUCCACGAUGAUUAUCCAUGUCGUGUAUACGACUUGUUUCUUCCAGACAACAAAACUAUAGAACCUGUGCACGCUCGUAGACUUUGCAACAUCGGGAAACUAAAGAAUAAUAACAACAAACAUGAAACUGCAAUUAACAUAUUUAACAAAGUCCUUCGUCUUAGAAUUAAAAAGGAUCACUUCAUGAGGCAUGAGGACAUUCAUGCAUAUGCACUGAAAAACAAAGCUGAAAGUUAUCUAAAGAUCGGAGACCUUAACAAGGCACUGAAGGAAGCAGAUAAAAGUAAAGAGAUUGUGCCAAGUUAUGAUGUUUAUCUGAUAUGUGCUAAGGCAAGAGCAGAUUUGAGAAGUUAUGACCAAGCAUUUGGAGACUUUAUCAAUGCAUUUGAUUAUGCUGGUGAUGGUGGAACAUCACAAGUACUUGAAGUAUGUGAGGAAAUAGUAAAGUUUUUGUCCCAGCUGCCAAACCAGCGAAGUAAGUCUAUGACUCAAAGAAUAUCAAGAACUCGGCCUGGAAAUGGACCUUUAUGGGCUAGGAUCUGUCAUAAAUUUGUGCUCCAUAACGAAUGGAAAACUGGAGAAAUAGCACACAACCUGUUCAAAUAUGAUCAGGAAGCACAUAUUCUACCUAUACAAAUUAAUGUAGCGUGUUUUUGUAGUUUAAAUGAUAUCAGGAGUCAUCCAUGGUCUGCUAAUAUGAUGCUCUAUUUCUUACAUUGUGGAUCAGAUAGAAAAGCUAUAUCACUAGAACAAGGUGACACAUACCUGCAUGCUUCAGUGAGGAUAUCGUUAGUCGCUAGUUUUCCAGACUUAUUAACAUAUGUGAUAAAGAAUACAAAUGCCAAUGAACUACACUUAUGUGACCAGGAUGGCAAUACAUUGCUUCAUAUAGCAACGAAGGAAAGAAAAGUAGAUAGGCAUGCAAGGUUUGUCGUGAUAAAAAUACUACUAAAAUGUG